AUGGAGGUCCAAGCCUGCGCGGCCUGCCGGUUCCAGCGGCGGCGAUGCAGCCCUGCGUGCCCGCUGGCAAAGUACUUCCCAGCGAGCGAGAACCAGCGCUUCAUGAACUGCAAGAAGCUGUUUGGGGUGAGCAAUAUGCUCCGGCUGCUCAACCAGGUGUUGGUCAAGGAUCGAGACGAGACUAUGCAAUCGCUCAUGUUCGAGGCGGACGUUCGCGAGCAGGACCCCGUCCACGGCUGCAUGGGGAUCAUCUGCAUGCUGGAGCAGCAGCUGGACAAGCUGCGGCGAGAGUUAGCGGUGGUGAGAGAGCAGCUCCGCUUCUUCCAGGCCCAAGAACAGCAACAGCAACACAACCACAAUCACCAUCUUCGUCACCAGCAGCAGCAGCAGCAGCAGCAAGAGGUUCCAGGAGUGAUCGAUCAUCACGGCCUGAUCAACUUGAUGAGCAGCACCAACGUUGAUGGUAGUGGCGGCGAGGAUUUUGGAAAUGGUGGUCACAGCAACGAUCAUCUCGGGAGCCGGCAUCACCCGCAGCAGCUUCUAGAUGACCGGCAGCAGCAGCAACUUGUGGUGCAGCAUUCGAGCUCUUCUUCCUCGGCGGCCGCCAGCUCCAGCACUGUGAUGAACGCUGCCACUGUCGCCGCGGCUGCUGCGAGCUUCCAUUAUUGUUUCAUCUGA